CAGAUAACGAUCGUCGAUCCGAUAUCGCACAUACAGUAUAUAAGGUGUAACGUAUCACGUGCCGGCUCAGUCUCGAGACUUCGCCAUCAAAGCAAGUACCAAGCAGUACUUAAACUCCGUGUGUAAUCCAUCGAGUACAUAGCAAAGUUAUUCGGCCAAUCGUAAAUAUGUCAACGAGCAAAGCACGCGCGUUGCAAAACGGACGCAGGGACAAAUUGAGGCGCGUCGUCGGCCGUAAAAUUGCGCGGCCUACGCCAGGAAUCGAGUGCUGUAAAAUUUCCUGCAGAGCUGGACUUCGUUCCUCGAAAGCCAACAAGAGGGCAGCAGAGAGUAACAAGAAGGAGAUAAAGGAGUUGGUUCUACACGAUGAAUCGCCAAAAGGUCAAUCACCCGUGGAUCUAGCACCGACUGACAUGGCACGUAACGAACAAUUUCCCCCAUUAAAAAUGACUGGUCAUUGGACACCUCUUGGUCGUGCUUAUUUGUACAAUACUGGUAACACCGCCGAGGUCAGGCUGAGCUUAGACAGACCGCCUGGAAUUAUAUCCGGCGGACCUCUGAAGGACGAAUACGAAUUUCUGCAGCUGCACUUUCAUUGGGGCAACAGCAAUUGUCACGGAGCUGAACACUCGAUUAAUGGGAAAUUGUUCUCAAUGGAGGCUCACGCGGUUCACUUCAACAAGAAGUACGCGUCGUUCGACGAAUGCCUGGAGAAGCCCGACGGUAUCGUAGUAGUGGGAUAUUUCAUGCAGGUAGUUGGGGACGACACGCGAACCGAGGAUCAUCCAAAAUUUGCGAAAAUUACAGACCACCUUCCGGACGUGGAGGAACCAAACAGCAAAGCAGAAUUGGAUCAUGAUGCCCUCGUGUGGAUGAAGCAAGGACGCUGUCUUUGCAGUGGAUAUUACACGUAUCAUGGAUCACUUACGACACCACCCUACAAGGAAUGCGUCACCUGGAUUCUAUUUCCGGAUCCCAUAAGGAUCACCAGGAGGCAGGCAAAUGCGUUCCGUAGUCUCAAGUCACAUUCUGGCGAUUGCAUAACAGCCAACUUCAGACCGGUCCAAUGCCUGAAUGGACGCACUGUAUUCUUUGGCAGUUAAUAAUUUGGGAAGUUGAAUUUCAAUGCGAACAUUAUUAAUGUUUAUUUGGCUCUAGUCAACAUCCACUUCCGUUAUCACAUUCUACCAAGUAGAGAGCACCGAUCUUCUAUACUGUGUAUAAACGAUUGAUUAUUUAUCUAUUUAAUUACAUAUACCCUUACUGUUAGUUAAAAA